AAUCCAACUUAAUUCUGCAAUGGAUAAAGUCGAUGAGAUGGCCAAGUUGUUCAAGCAGGAUGUGGACAAUCAAUUGGGUUUGCUUCAAGCCAGGACUGAAGCUCGCUUGCUGCAGAUGAAGUGGUCGGAUUUUAUGGCUCUAGCAAAAAAACUUCCUCCAAGUAACAUCUUUUUUAUAAUGUAUAAUGUCUUAUGCUCUGCAUUUUUGGAUAUUUCAUUAAUUUGUUUAGCUAUUUAGGUACAUUUCUUAGAACCCUGCAAAUUGCAUAAGGGACAACCGCUUUUAUGUUCCAAGAUUCCAGAACGUAGCCAAUAAAAUUCUGUUAUGUUAAAAAUAUUUAAAAUGUAUUUUCGAACGUACAUAUUCAAUAGUUUGUUCACCAAAGAGCCCUUUGACUUUGUUAGAAUUAGGUGAUUAGUUGACUGGAUACAUAAAUCGUUAGAAAUAUGCCUCGCACCAAGAUUUCAGCUCGUCGUCAGGCCCAGCGCCAGAAAGCUGAUCGCGAGGAGAAAGUGCGCCUGUCCCAAAUCAAGAUGGAUUCGGCUCUGGAGAAGAUCGAUGAGAUAAGCAAGCGCUACAAGCAAGAGGUAGACAACCAAAUUAAGUUGAUCCGUGGAAGGACCGAUAAGCAGCUGCUGCAAAUGAAGAUGCCAGAAUUCUUGGCUCUCGGGUUUAAAACUUUCGCCGAACAUCAGAGGGCCGCUAUUAAGCCGCCCACAACUCGCAGUUUGUCCAUCAGUCGUGGUCGAACCCGGACUCCUCAGAAUGCCCAGCUACCGAGGCUUCAGGUGCAUUCGGUGGACAGGGCUCUGGGUGGCGACACCAUGAGCUUUGUGCGAUGGCCCCGCGCCGGAGAGAUGGUGCUCUCGAAGGCGGGAAGCCCGCUGGCCGUCCAGGUGCGUCCGGAUCGCUGUGCGGACGUCCACAUUCCCACCAAGGGCGGCGUGAUCACCGUGAAGCCGCACAAGAUCAACACCGUGAAGCGGGAAGUACUGAUGCAGCUGGAUGAGAACACCCUCAACCAGGUGAAGACACUGAAUGCCAAUCUCGGAUUGAUCGUGAACAUGGCCAACAAACUGGGAAAAUUGAAACCGUAA